AUGUUUAAAAUUUUAAUUACUUUAUGUUUAAUUGCUGCUGCCGUAUCAUCACCAGCCAAAAAUGCUAAAGAUGAUAUUAAAGUAAAUUUGUUAGUUGUAGAAAAUAUUGAGGAAUUCAAAAAAGCUUAUGCCGAACUUGAAUUGAUUCCAUUGAAAGCAGAAGUAACUCCGUUAGGUAUUCUUCGUCAUUCAGCUGGCAGAAGAGUCGCAGGUGAUAGAUUAGUUGCAAGAGGUCAAGAUGGUCAAAAUUGGCCGACUCCACGAGAUGUUCAACUUACACUCCGAUACCCAACAAGUGGAGUUGGUGCAAUAGUCUCUUACAUUCAAGUAACUGUUGAUCAAAGCUCUAAUAUUGGAGAAGGUUAUAUUAUUGCAGGAGGAAUUGGCCAAAGAUUUGUUACAUUUGUAAUUCAAGCACGUUCUACCUCACAUUUCCAUUAUACAGCUGAAAUUUAUGGUUAUUAG